CAAUCCUGUCAUUUCAGAGGCGGGACUUGGAGAGCCACUCCGCUCAAGCUAUAAAUACCACCUUCUGUGCCCUCGGGUGAUAUAGUCAACCGACACGCAAGAAGAGGACGUCGUCUUCCCGGAAAAUAAACACAAAGACCCGCAGGUAAAGUAUGGCUCGUACCAAGCAGACCGCCCGUAAAUCUACAGGAGGAAAGGCGCCGAGGAAGCAGCUGGCCACCAAAGCUGCCAGGAAAAGCGCGCCAUCCACCGGUGGAGUGAAGAAGCCCCAUAGAUACAGGCCAGGUACUGUUGCUCUGCGUGAGAUCCGUCGGUACCAGAAGUCCACUGAGUUGCUCAUCAGGAAGCUCCCUUUCCAGCGCCUGGUCAGGGAAAUCGCUCAGGAUUUCAAGACAGAUCUCCGUUUCCAGAGUGCAGCUAUUGGUGCUCUGCAGGAAGCCAGUGAGGCAUACCUGGUUGGACUGUUUGAGGACACCAACCUGUGCGCUAUUCAUGCAAAGAGGGUUACCAUCAUGCCCAAAGACAUCCAGCUGGCCAGGCGAAUUAGAGGAGAGCGCGCAUAAACGACUGGAUUUUACCUUUUUAGUGGGGGUGGGUGGGAUUGAUUGGGGUUUAUUUUGUAAAUCUUGAACUAUUACCAGCAUGUGUGCCACCUAAUUUGUCAUUUGUAGUUUUGGGCAUGUUUUUUUGUACUUCAUUUGUCAUUUCACUCUUUCCUCUCAACACUGUCCUGUUCAUUGUAGAGUAGAACUUAAUCUGUGUAAAUGCUAAAAACAAUAUUCCACUGCCUUUCUCAGGUCUGCAACUCAAUUUUAGAAUCUGUACCUUUCAAUCCUGUGUGUGCAUGUCAUAGGAUUUCUUGUUGUGCUGUAAAUAAACUUUCUGCUACCUCA